UGUCUUUUAAUGUCUGUCUUUUAUUAUUUUUUUGGUCAAAUUUACUGAUAACGAUGUUAGCUGUUGGUGCGCUAAUUAUCCUCUCAGCUAACUCAUAGCCACUGGUGUUAAUUUUGCUGACCUAUAAUCACGUUAGCAGUUUAUGGGCUAACUAUCACCUUUGCUAACUCGUAGGUGCUGCUCUCAAUUAGGUUGACUGAUACCCACGUUAGCUGUUGGUAAGCUAGCUAUCGUCUUAGCUAACCCAUAGCUGCUGCUGUUAAUUUUGUCAACUGAUAACCAGGUUAGUUAUUUGUGGGCUAACUAUCAUCUUUUUUUCAACUACUAAAAAAGUGCGGGAAAAAUCUUGGACGUCCAAUCAGCACUGAUUUCAUGAUGAAACAGGAAGACCAAAUAAGGGAGAUGGCCAAUCACAGCUGUUGAAUAGCAGGUAAAAACAACAACCUAUUGCUAUUGCUUUGUGUUAUUUGUUCUAACUCUCAUGUCUCCAGUCUUCAAAGCCACAUCAUGAUGUCACACACUAUAACAUCACCUUCUGUUCACACUCUUCAAAGGAAGAACCCAGUGAUGUCAUACUCGGCCCGAAGCUCAAACUAGGGAAGAUCGAGCUUCAAUCACCACACUACCCUUUUAAUCCAGUGGAUGGCAGCAAUGCGACCUUAUGGAUCCCAGCUGUUGUUAAACUUCUUUACCUGCCCAGAAGAAGGAGUGCGAAGGACAAGCAAAAAAGGUGCUUGGCCAAAGCAGGACAUGGAUCAGACUUUCGGUGAGGUACUGUGAGGGUUCAAUUCCCAGCCCUUGUUUCACAGAAGAGACAUAUUUUGCCGUGUGUGUGUACACGUGUGUGUGAAUGAGCCAGACAGCUGCCUCCCUGAAGCCACUGUAAAAGACAACAACUGAUAAAGGUUGAACAAGAUGAUGUCAUAAGUGUUGCUAACUGCUGUGGGAACCACACCAACUGACCAGCCCAACUCAAUGAGGUGAGGACAAAGUAGUGUUGUACUAGUACCGAUGUCUGCCGCUGUGAAAGAACCAGAACAAACACACAAAGAUCUGUUAGAUCUUCUACAUUUGAUGAUCCUCUACCGUCCGAUACUGUUGCUCUAAAGAAGGGGGUUUCAUAUCCCAAAUACUUUUGUGUACAAUGGUACACAGGAGGCGGACGACAUGUUUAAACGUAAACAGCUCAUCUUCGAGGACCUUCAGAGGGAGAACAGCGCCACCAGGCAGAAUGGCAGUGAAGAACAAACUCAUCAUUACUGCAUGUGUUGCAUUGGAGGAGGUCAGGAUUCCAUCUUGGGCGACAAAUGUCAGAUAGCUGUUAACCACAACUUCCCACACGAAUAUGGAGAGAUCAACGCAUCGGAGAAAGAUGCCAAAGGCUUGAACAAACACCUGGAAAAAGAACGAAGCAGGCUGCACAAACAACUCCAGGCUCAAAUGACCCUGGAGGAGAAGAGACGGACGGCAGAGGAGAAGAGGCGAGGCCUGUGUCAGAGCAAGUGUACGCUCCAACAGGACAUCGCCGCCAUAACGAAGAAACUCUGCGACCCCAAGGGCUUAGAGGAGGAAUAUCGGCAUUUGAAAAGCGACGUUAAAACGCUCAGCCAGGAGAACGAGUCGCUGCGGCUUCAGAUUCUGGAGCUCAACCAGAGGCUCGCGGUGCAGAAUCACCUGAAGGACAAGAUCCAGAAGAAGGAACAGGAGGAUCACGUGUUAAGUCUGUGCAACAUCCAUCUCCAGCGGCAGGUUCAGGAUCUGACAGAAAAACUAGAAGACGAGAAGAACCUCACGGCACUUUACACGGCGUCCAAAGCGGAGAUACAGGCGAAAAUCAACCUGAAUAACGCUCUUCAGUGCAGAUUCCAGGAGCUGAAGGAAAAACAUCAAAAUGUCAAACCCUGGCUCAGCAAAUACUACGAGAUGAAGGCCGAGAUCGACGCCGUGAAGAAAGAGAACGACAUCCUCAUGGAGGUGAACCGGAACCUUCGAGAUAAGUUCACGCAGAACAAGACUCUGGUCAGCCACUGGGGUAAACUCCUUUUGGCCAAAAAGACCAUCAACCAGGAGAAUACCAAACUACGUGAGGCGAUCCACACAUUUGAAAGUCUGGAGGACGGACACAAAGACGAUCACAGCGGGGACGGGCAUGAGACAUCGACCAUGGUUUGUCCUGACAAGAAAGGUUCAAGACGAUGGAGAUCUGUGGCCUGACUAAGCCGAGACAUGAUAGGAUCAACAGGACAAAUGCUGAAAAAAAAUGCUGAAUUUUUUUUUAUUAACAGUCCAAAUGAGGCCAAAGUGAAAUGUAUGUUACUUAUUCUUUUUAGCCUCACAGAUUUAAUGAGAAAAGUUUACUGUCUGAUCACGACUUUUUGGGCUGUGAUCAGUGGAUCAUGUUGUCAGUUUGCGAUUCAAAAUCUAAUUUAAGGGAAAACAGCCGGUAAAGCAGGGACAAUACGAUGAACUUGAUUGGACACGAGCCAUUGAUAUUUUUUUUUAAACUUGACGGCGACAUCCAUAUUUUCUGUACGAUCUUUGAGUACAAUUUU